AUGCCGCUUUUAAACAUAAGCAGACAUGACGCUGGAAAAUACAAUUGUACGGCUUGGAAAAAACAAGAAUUUGCUAGUGACGAGUUCAAUCUUCGUGUAAACAGUAAGUCGACAGGCAACUAAUUUAGUUAGUAGACGGAAUGAUGUCACUGAGGAUAAUCAGGAAGAGCGCAUUAUCUCCCAGAGUAGUCAAUCGUUAAAAAUUGUUAUCGAUUUAUCAAUCGAUAAAUCGAUGAAAAUCGGCAAAUCUGAUUUGAUUGACAUCGAUUGUAUCGAUCAAUCGGUAGAAGUCGAUGACACACUCGUUUUGUUCAUCGAUUAUCUCAAUGCGAUUUUUACCGAUUUAAUCGAUUUAUAUCGGAAGAUUUUCUGUUCUUUAAUAAAUGAAAACUGAAUUAAUGCAAACAGUAAAUGUGUUGACAACUGAGCUGCAAUUGGGAGUCGAAGGAUCAAGCGAUUAUCAUUUUUUCAAAAAAAUCUUUAAAAUAUGUUUUUUUUUUCUUUAAGACCAGGUUUAAAGUCUUCUGGUGGCUUAUAUUGGUCAGGUUUGUAAGCGCCCAAUUUGUCAUAAUUAAAGAUCUGCCACCCUUUCAAAAACAACGUCAGUGAAUUUCCAGUUGUGAUUACAUACUGGAGUAAUCAACAGACAAAAAUCGAAAUCGCUAAAAAAUCGUCCGCAAUCAAGUGAUUUUUAUCGAUUGUUAACAGAAAACAAUGAAAAUCUUUCAAGGGAGAUCUUUUAACCUGAAUUUCAGAAAUUCCUCCAAAUCGUACCCUAUCUAUUAUCUCUAUUCAAAUCGAAGGGAUGUCUGAAAUUUAGGCUAGGAACUCUUUAUCUCAAAGGUUGUAUUUCUCGUGAUACCUUCUUGCCAGGACUGAAUGUAGUUAAACUAAACCUAAACUUGUUAUUAUGAACAAAAUAAUGGGUUUUAGAAAGAAGCUUGCAUGCGCGUGUAAUAGUUUCCACAUUUCUCACUUUCAUGUUUGUCGAACAUUUGUUACUCAUGGCUGUGUUUUCUCAGCUGUACUUUCUAGUAACUUAUGCCAAAACUGACAACAACAAUGGCGGACUUCCGUAAUAAAUCGUUAAAAUCAUUAAAAAAUCGAUAAUAUCGAUUUGACACAGCAAUUUAGUUUAUCGAUUUUCAUCGAUUUCCGGUAACAAUCAAUAAAAAUCACAUGAUUGCUACCGAUUUUUAUCGAUAACUAUUUUCAUCGAUUGACAAGGCCAGGAUUUUAUACAGUAGACACUCGCUGUAAAGACUUAGUGGAUUAAGGACCUCCUGGCAGAAAUUUGUCUCCUUAAUACCUCAAAAAACAAGAACCUGUUUAGCCAAGCAAGUUGUUUACUUGUAACAAGUAAAUUACUUGUAUAAAAUGUAUACAGAACAAACUGAAUUUUAUUCAUUUCUUUUCGUUUCUUUUGUUUUUGUUUCUUUUUUGUUUUUAUUUCUGCAAUAAAAGGUGCACCUCGUAUAGUAAGUUUACCUGAAGAGGUUAUAGUUCUGGAGGGUGAAGAACAGCUGAUAACUUGCCAGGCGGAUGGCUGGCCUCGACCAAACAUGGCAUGGAAACAUAAAGACUCCUACCUCGGAAAUGAUACACGAUAUGAAAUCAGGAGAAAUUUGACAUUGAAUCAAGUAACUCUGGUGAUUAAAUUCGACGACGACCUUGAUGAAGCCUUUUACACUUGUGAAGCAAGUAACGCUUUUGGGAUAUCGAGUAGCACUGUUAUGGUUACGUUCGACGACGGCUUUGGUAAGUGACACGGCAAAAAAUCACAGCCGAUGUGUGUGUGUGUUUUUGGCAAUUUUACCUUCCGUGAUGUUUUCUAACAAGGGAAAUUUUAAAAAAAGCUAGGACAAGAGAACCUGACUCUACUUGUCUUGAAAUACUGCUGAAGGAAAGUCAAAAUAUUCCACUUAUUCUUAUUAUCAUUACUAUUAUCACUAUUUAAAAUUGAAGGCAAGACUGAUCGGACGGCUAAGGUUUACAAAUUUAUUUGCCUAUUAAUAUUUCGACUUGGCAAAACUUCUUCGUCUUCAUCAGGGUAUGGAAAAGCUGAUGAAGACUAGUUUUGUCUAGUCGAAAUUUUGGGCGAAUAAAUUUGUAAACCUUAGCCGUCCGAUCAGCCUUACCUUCAAUUUUAAGUGUUAUUUUAUAUUGCUGAUCCUGAUCUACGACAAGAUCUUGCUUUUCCUCGCCGCUGUUUGUCCAAGUGGUCCUUGCAGAAAUUGUUCACUAUAUCAUCACUAUAUCAUUAUCGUUGUCGUUAUCGUUAGUAUUAUAUUGGAGAUUCACAUAGUGGUUUGAGGUUGUGAUUUGGCUUCUUUAAGGUUCUUUAAGCUCUGGGUAAUGAAAAGUUCUCUAGCGAAGACAAUAAAAACCCAACAGUUUGCUUUAUCUCGCUUCUCUAUACAUUGCCAGUACUUUUCAAAGUAUUCUUAUUUGGUUCAGGGGGCCCGUUUCUCAAAAGUUUUUUUUUCGGCCCCAGAAUCAAAUAAUAUUAAAAUCAGAUUAAAAAGAAUAAGAGCGCAGGUCCUAGCUGACAAAUCAGUCCAUUUUGUUUUGUUACUACGGACUUCGUUUACCGAAUAAUCCUCGUUUACGAACAUAUUUGUUCCGUGCAGCUCCUUCUUAGCUUUGAAGACUGCCUCACGAUCCUUGUAAUUGAGAAACCGGGCGACAAUUUUGCGAGGCUUGGAGUCAGAGCGAGGUCUACCAACACGAUGAGCCCUUUCUAUGACAAAGUUGGUACCGACUUCAGGCAUGUGAUUUGAGAUUAGGUGUUUGAUUUUGCUUUCUGAUUCCUGCCAAGUUUCGUUUGGUGACUUAAGAAUUCCCUCAAAGCACAAAUUAUUUCGCCUUGAUCGAUUUUCGAGGUCAUCUAGCUUGUUUCCUAGGUCCUCGAUUUGUACUUUGACUUCCUUUACUCUGAGGUCAAAGGUUAUUAGCUCCUGGACUUGAGCUUGUGUGAACUCUAAACUCGAUUUAACACUUUGCACAUCUUUCAUCAAGUUGUCAAUUCUAGUGUUGACAGAGUCCAUGUAGGUACUAAGAAACACUUUUAAAGUUGACUCUUGCUGCUUAAGCAACUCUUUCACUAGUUUAAGGGGCAUUUGGACAUCGUCUUCCCCAAAAUUUCCACGUUUUGAAUCAGAGGACGUCUUUGAGCGUGUUGCCGCCAUGAUUAUGCAAAUCUAUUGAAAGCUUUGUCUUAAAUGUAAACAGUAGUAGCUUUUCAAACCCGUUAAUUAAAAGUUCUUUCUAGAAAUGGGCCACAGGUCCAUAGAAAAGCUUAUUUUAAUGGGCUUCUUUGUUCGUUUGUUUGUUGUUGUUGUUGUUGUUGUUGUUGUUGAUGAUGAUGACUUUUUAAGACUCUAAUGAUAAUAAUGAUAAUAAUAAUAAUAAUAAUAAUAACUUUAUCUGUAAAGCGCUUAAUCAAUAAUUACUGUAAGCACUUAACAGUGUUCGAUAAAAAUAUAACAAGAUUUAAGGUCCUAGAGAUACAUAUAUACAAUCAGUAACUAUUCUUUGCAAGAGUUCGAAGUGCGCAGCAAUCAAACUUCGGUCAUUACGAUUAAACCUACUCAUAUUAAAUACUCUGAAUCAAGAGAGGAUAAAGGGGAAAGAGAAGGCAUCCCCUAUACACACCCUAUUCCACAGGUAAUUCGUCUCGAGUUAUUUUUAGAAUCGGGAUAAAGUUCCUUUGCGCGGUGCGUAGAUGUUUCGCGGAGGUUUCGCAUGACUAAACGCCGUGCAAAACAUGUCGGGCGAAAGGCAAUGAAAGCGUAAAGAGAUCGAGAGCAUUUCUGAAUAUUGAAUCGAAAUGAGUCGGCACUCAUCUAGGAAAAGGGAAUCGCUGCACUCUUUGACAACCCGUGAAAUCAGUUUAACUCGAAGUUGUCAUAACCUCAGUGCUUUAAUAAAAUGAGAAAUUUCGCUGGUCUAUUGAAACCGGUCGUUUGUACAAUAAAGCAAGUAGGAGGUCAAGUGUUAUUUUUGUUGAAUAAUAAAAGACUAAUAAAAGAAUAAAUAUCAAACCAGAAAUUGCUCUCUUCAAACUGAUUUCCCUGCUGUACUGUUAGCUCUAUACAGAAGAGGAAGGGCGAUUCUUUUUUAAUUUCCGUUUUCGCUGACACAGCUUUAGCAGAAAUCUCUCUUUAGUCCUUUUCGUCGACAAAACAAAUAGCAAUUUCGCUCUCCGCGUCUUCUCCCAUUUUUUCUGCGCCAAUUCGUGAAGGACGCGUGGCUCUGAGCGUGGCUCAUCCACGCGGAACACAUUCGCGCUAUGUGAUUGGCUGUUGUCUAAUCCCUCUUGGGGUCUAUGGUCUUAAAAAUAACUCGAGACGAAUUACCUUACCUAUGGAAUAGGGUAUGUAUGGGGGAUGCCUUGUCUGUCCCCUUUAUCCUCUCUUGUCUGAAUGUAAUACUUUAAACGUACUAAUAAUCAUAAAUACUUUAAAAUGUGUAAAUAAUCAAACAAAAUAUAACUAAUCUGAUUUGGAGGCUUGUUUAAAUAAGUGCGUCUUCAGAGCCCCCUUAACUGGCAUUUACGUUUGCACAGAGUCUGCUAUGUCUGACAUCCAUAACAUAAGCUUUCCCUUAUCGAUUUUUCAGAGCCCGAAGAGCUGUCCGGCGAAAUGCUAGUCAGGUCUCCCAGCGAAAUGCUAGCCGAGUCUCCUCACGUCAUUGCCAACAAAGGUAGCAACGUCACCCUGACUUGCAAAGCCAUUAACAUCAAUGAUCCUUAUAGUGCAACGAUCUGGUGGACAUUCAAUGGCAAGCUAUUAAACAGCCAUAAGUCACGGUUUACAAAGGAAUCCAUUACCAACUGGACACUGAUGCUGGACAUUUACAACGUUUCUAAACAAGACGUUGGCCAGUACCGAUGCGGCAUAUCCGAGUGGAGUGGAGCUUCUUACAUGAAUACCAUAACUUUGAUCGUGGAAGCAAAGGGUAAGAUAAGCCCGGGUGAUACUUUGUACAAUUUUCUGUUUCGGCGGCUUGAGACCUAGUUCCCGAAAAACCACAUUCAUGUUAACACACCCACUAUACAUCAGUUUUCAAACAACAACAACAACAACAACAAAAAAGGACUCUGGAUGGUUUCGUUGUGUUUUCCGUGGUACUUAAAAGUUAUGACUGGCUACGAUUUAGAUGCCAUUUCUAUUUUCUAUGUUACGCCUAGUACGUUUGAAUUCAUAGGUAUUUUUGAGAGGUGUAUGUUUUUUUUUUCUCUCCGAGCAUCUUCAAAUCAAAUUCCUGUAAAUGCUCCUGUGAAUUUCUGAUUACAAUUGCAAAAUAAAUUAAAGAUAAAUUUCUGCUAAACAAUGAGUGCUUUUUUAUGGUAGUCAUUUUGAAUUUAAAAAAAAAAAAAAAAAAACGACGUCAACUGCUAUACCACCAAGUUCCGCUUCCCAACUUUUAUUUACGAUAUCCCUUUCACCAAGAGAUAAUAAUGGGAUAGAGAGGAAAACGCCCAGUCUGGCCCAUAGAGUAUGUGAGUUUCACCAAGGUUAUUUUUAGAACAACUAAACGCUUGAAUUAAUCAAAAUUUGCUUCGCGGAGAGGUCCGCAAACUUUAAUUCACUGUUGUCAAGACAAUUCAACAGUCGCUAUUACAACAUUCUGCAUUUUUACCUUGAUGCAGACGCGCGUACUGAUUUGAUGAUGUUUCAAACAAUCGAUUAAAAAUCGCAGACGCCCAAGGAAUUUGACUUCCGGUUAAGGUGGCUCGACUGGAUUUUUUGGGUAGAUACUUGCCAAGUUUGAGCAUUAACUUAGUCUGCAUGAGUAAAGAUAUGGGCAGAAGGUUACCACAACUAUGUUAUAUAAAGAUAAAAUUUCUUAUUGUCUGGGUUUUAGUGCAAUCGGAGUCGCCAUGGCUACGUAACGACGCCAUUACGUUUUUUAUUUAUCUUUGCGUUUCUUUGUGCCAGGAGUUUUUUUUUUUUUUUUAAGAAAUCGGCUUAAGGCAGUUUGUACCUGUCAUAAUUGCCUCAAUUAUGGCAAAGUAUGAACAAAUUCUAUGAGAGUGUUCUCGAAAUAUUUUUAAACAAAGUUUUAAGCAUCAUAACAACUGUGAAAUGGCAUGCUAUCCACACAAUUAGCAUUUUUUUUUCUUUUUAAAGAAAAAGAUCAGCUUUGCAAGCGCGCCUUCAUCUCAUAGUGGUUUGAUUCCAUUGUACAAAAAAACAACAACAACAACAACAACAACAAGAGGGGACUUGCUCCGGGCGAUCGCGAGUUAGAAGAAUUUUAUUAACUUGCAUUUAGCUGCUUUUGUUACAGUUUUUGCACGUAAUUUAGUCCAUGGCUACAAAAUUCGAGUUUUUUAAAAAAAACCGCUCGAUUAAUUUUUGAAAAAUUUGACAACCCCGAGAUCAAUCGUCAAUAAAUAUACCCUGCAAGUUUCAAGGAUACUGAAAACAGGGAAGGCCUUUUAAAUAGGGCCUCAAAUAUAACCAAUUCCUUCCCCAGAGUUUGUGGUUACAAGAGAGCGUCCUCAUUAUUCACUGGCAUUGUUUUCAAGUUUCAUAUGCACGUGCACAUUUAGCAAAAAAAAAUAAAUUUGCAUCACAAAGAACUCUUGAUUACUUUCCGAAGAAAUAUCCGGAGUAUGCUAAUAACUGGCUCUUGUCACAGAUAGCUGUAAGAGCCGAAACGGUGAACGUCAAGCUCAUCGUGUAGGAUGCACUACUUAAUUAUCUUACUUGGGUUAUAACAUCACAGAAACUCUUACAAAGAAUUGCUGUCAAGUUAUAAUAUACCACUAAUUUCUUUACCCGGUUAUUAGCAUAUUCCGGGGAUUUUUUUUGGAAAGUGACCGAGGGUCCUUUUUGAUGCAAAUUCUAUUUUUUACUAGUUGUGCACGUGCAUAUGAAACUUGAAAACAAUGCCAGUGAAUAAUGAGGACGCUCACUUGUAAGCACAAAAUCUGGAGGAAAAAUUGGUUAUAUUUGAGGCUCUAUCUAAGAGCCUUUCCUGUUUUCAAUGCUUUGAAACUUGCAGAAUAUAUUUAUGAUGAUUGAUCUAGGGAUUGUCAAGUGUAUGAAAAAAUUCAUCGAGUGUUUUUUUUUUUUUAAUUUGUAGACAUGGACCAAAUUACGUGCAAAAACUGAAACCUAAGAAGCUGAAUGCAGGUUAAUAAAAUUCGUCUGACUCGCAGUUUUUAAUGGAAUUAAACCGCCAUGAGACGAAGCUGCAUUUCCAAAGCUUAUCGUUUUCUUAAACUAUUAGCUAAUUGUGUGGAUAGCACGCUAUUUUACUGUUUUUCUGAUUCUUAAAACUUUGUUUCAAAAUAUUUCGAAAACGCUUUCAUAGAAUUUGUUCAAGCUUUUCCAUAACUUUACUCAUGCCGACGUAGGUGAUGCUCAAACUUGGGAGGUAUCCCCCCUUAUAAAUCCAGACGAGCCACCUUAAUACAACCUCUAAAAAUAACUUCAGUGAAAUUGACAUACCCCGGCCAACUCCCUAAGAGACUCAUUACCCUCUCUUAUUUUCACUCAAAUCGAAAUUGGACAACUUUAGAUGAUCUUCAAAACAUUUCUGCGAACUGGAAAACAGUGAAGGCGGCAGCCGGAACAAGCGCCCAGCUCAUGUGUCAAGCUUUCCAUUCCACCUUUAUUGACGCAAACACGUUUUGGCUGUUCCAAGGCGUUAUGUUAAACGACGCACUGGACGCACGCUUUAAGAUUGGUGAAUUCCGUUGGAAAAGCUCCAAUUUCUCACAGACAGUUGAGAUGAAAAUCGAAAUCAACAACCUAUCAGUCUCAGAUUUUGGCAGCUACAGCUGUGCAAUUAACACUACCGCUGGUGUUUCAUCAGAAUUAGUUUUUCUAGAAGUGCAAAACGAGGAAAGAGGUAAUGUACUGUAUGUCACUUAUUUAUUUAUUUAUUCAUUCAUUUACUUAUAUUUUAUUUAUUUAUUUAUUCAUAAUUUUUAUGUUUUAAUGUAUUUCUGCCUUACCUUUUCGCCUAUUGACAAAAAAAAAAACACAAAAACAAAAACAAACAAAAAAAACACUUCAUUAAAUCUUUUAUGAAAUUCUGAUCUACUUGACUUUUUAAGUUGAACAAAACAUUUAACGAAUUUGAGAUGUUUCGUGGUGGUUUCAUUGGAGGCCACAAAGCAAAUUCUUUUUUUUUUUUUUGUUUUUACCGAUCCAUCAUACAUUAUGAUAUUUUGUGUGUAAGAUUCUUCCUUCAUUAAUUUAUUUAUUUGUGUUCUUUUCUGCAGCGGGUGGCAAAGAAAACUCUACAAUGUUUAUAAUUAUAUUCCCUCUUGCCGCUGGUGGACUACUCCUUGCACUUUCAGGCAUGAUCAUUCUACGAAGAAUGCAAAAAAAGCGCCGAGACCUGAAACUUCAAGGUAUUUCGACGGACUGUUUUUAGCGCUAUUUGUCGAUCCAAGUUAGCUAUUUUUCUGGUGGAAAUGUCAGAUUCUUUAUCACUUUGAGUGAUUGUGACGGAACGUCAGUGAUUUAGGGGUAUUGCUCAGUGCGUUUGUUGGAGGAAUAGAGAGAGUGAUAGAUAAAUAAAUAAAACAAAUAAUAAUAAUAAUAAUAAUAAUAAUAAUAAUAAUUGUUUUAUUAUUCAUUUAAAAUAAGUCCUAGAAUAAAAAAGCGUAGACGGCUUAAGUCCAGCGAUGUUAAAUUCAUCUUCGAUAAUGAAUGUUUAUCGGCAACUUUAGGAGAUAAAGGGUUGUUCAAGCCUUCAAAUAUCCUCCAAAAGAAUUUGUAUCCUUGAUAUGUUGUUUGCCUUCUUCUUCCUCUUGAAACGAGUACAAUGUUCCGCCAUUUUGCAGUAACUAUGAACACAACUCAACUUCGUCUCCAGGUCUUCUCGGUUAGUGGUUCAAUAACCUGGCAAUUUGGCUGCGCAAUUGCUGUCAUUUCUCACAUAUCGCAAAAUAUCCUAUUUACAUUUAAUUUCGCUUAAAAAAACUAUUCAGUGAAAGCAAUAUUUACAAUUCCUUUUGAUUAAGCAAUAAUAAUAAUAACAAUAAUAAUAAUAACAAUAAUAAUAAUAAUAACAAUAAAAUUCUCAACUAUAUUUAUAACUUGUUUUUUAACAUUUUUGACGUUGAAUGUCUCUUAACAUAUUGCUUUGUCUUUCAGAGAAAGCAGCAGCGGGAGAGUUCACUUAUGACGUGUUUGUGACAUUCAGCAGCAAAGACCGGCAGUGGGUAUCGACUAAACUCACCCCUCUGUUGGAAAGCCAUCGGCUGAAGUAUUGUAUCCACAGCCGUGAUUUCGAAUUAGGGAGAGCAUUGGUCGAUAACAUGGCAGAGAGCGUCUAUUCCAGCCGCAAAGUCUUGGCAGUUCUGUCCAAAAACUACUUGGACAGUAAGUUCUGCAGGGGUGAGCUUGAGAUGGCGUUGUAUCGAAGCAACGUUGGCCGGGACGGUUCCUUGUUAGUGGUAACAAUCGAUGGGAUAAAGAAAAAUAAGCUGCCCAAAGCCUUGAGAGAGAGCACCUUUGUCGAUUACCAUUCGGAUACUGGGCGUAGUUCAUGGGAGAAGAAGCUGUUACGGCUCCUAGUUCAAGAGGAUAACAAUCAAAAUGUUUUCAAUACAAAACUAUGA